AUGAUUGCCAACCUAGCCAUCGUAGUGGUCUUCGGCAUUGAUCUGAUGACUCUGCUAUACAUGAUCACCCAGCAUCAGCCCAGCAGACGAGCAGAACCUGAUGAGACGCGGCCACCUCUCAAGCUCCCGCUGAUCGGUGAUCUUCAUAGCUCUCCGAUCGAUAAGCCCCUCGCCAACUGGGACGACUGGGCGCGGCGAAAUGGGCCCAUUACCGUUUCCAGGCUAUUUGGGAUCGCCCCAGUCGUGAUACUCAACUCUUACGAGGCGGUCACUGAAUUGUCAAGUCGCCGCAGCCAGUGGUAUAGCAACCGGCCGCGUUCGGCGACGAUGGAGAUAAUUACCGGAGCAGAGCCCGGACAGUCUCGAUUCACUCUGAUGCAUGACUACGAUGAUCACCUCAGGCUGCAUUCACAGACUGCUAGCUCCAGUCUUGGGGCCCUCGCGGCGCCGAGAUAUCAGCCGUUAACGGAACUAGAGAACAAACAGUUGCUCUGUGACCUCAACGAUCUAUCCCCACCUGGAACGCACCCAGUCAAGUAUUAUUCUAGGGUUACAUUACGGCCUGCGAAUCCUCCACCCCCCGAAGACGAACUUCUGCAGGAAAUUAUCGGCAUCCAGGCCCAAGUGACCCAUCUAGCUGCUAAUCCCAGCCUACCAGAUCUUAUUCCAACCUUGCGCCAACUGCCUGAAUCUACCUCCCUGAAACGUGCCGCCGAUGAGCUCUUCGCAACCCAAUUGGACCUCUACACGCAGGAAGCCCUUGCAACGGCCGAGAAGUACACGGCGGUACCAGGUCUGGACCUUGCAUUCGCUCUGGCCACAUCUAUCCAAGGUGGGAUGGAGACUUCUUCCCGUCAACGCAGAGGCUCAACGACGGGCAAGAGAAUUGCUACAGAUGGGGCCUUUCUGCAGGUAGCCAACUUGUUGUGGGCGUUUGAUAUUAUGCCGGUGGAAGGGGAAGAAAUGGAUCCAUGGGCCAUGACUGUCGUGGGUUUCAUGACGAUGCCCAAGGAGCUAAGGAUGCGGCUGAAGCCUCGCGGUGACUGGGUGAUGGAGGCCAUCAAACGGGGACCUAAGAUCGCGGCGGAGGACUUGGAUCAAGUGGUAGGGUCUGUCAACGAUGUGGAGGGUCAAGGGCAAGGGAUUGCCGACCGCGGCCUGAUUCUCCGCAUUCCCGACCGGCCCAGCGACUGGAGAGAGCAGCCUCUCGUUGUCCGGGAUAAGACCCUACACAGUCUCGCUGCAGUCAAAGAUGGACGAUAA